AUGAGUGUAAAGAUGCGUGAGAUGCACAUGCUGCGCUUGUGCGAUAACGUCGUGCUCGGCCACACACUUUUGGUUCGCUUAACACAAGAAGGUAAUGAUUCUGGUAUCACCGUAGAGCAGUUAGCAGAAACAUCUGAAGAUGCAACUGGCAAUGGACCUUCAGGCGUGACAGAUAAGAAGUUGGUGGCUGAGCAGAUCAUCGAGGAAUUUGGUUUGAAACAUAAUGAAGAACAGGAAAGAGUGUUUUGCUUACUUCUGAUGUUUUUGACUGGCAUUGGAGGCUCCAGAAAAAUCGAAUUUUUUCGGCGGUGCGGAGCUGCUAAAAGGUUGACACUCAUGGUGUUAAUCAAUGGGUACACGAUUCAUUCACUUACAUUUCUGCCCAAACGACCAAUGUGGCGCACAGCAUCUCUCAUGUCCACUGAGCUGUUGAGUGAGGUAUCAUGGGAUGAAAGUGUCACAUUCAAACCUUUUGGCGACAUCGGACAGCUGCGCCCACCUAAAUCCAAUGCAGUAUAUAGACUGGCAACAGCUCAAAGUGUUCAUAGGCAGACUGCAUUACAUGGGGCAUUUCUGUGGCAACAGGUUGGUAAAGUAGUAGAGCUGAAGCAAAAUUGGCAUGCCAAAGAAGACCCAGUGUUUGUAGCAAUGCUCGAAUGCAUUCGCAAAGGUCAUGCAAGAAGAAUUGCCUCAGAUGAUGGAACUCAGCAUUCUCCGGAUGAGUUUGCUGAUUUUUGCAACCUAUUGAGAGAUGUACAAUAUGCCAUUCAAACAACUCAACCUUUCUUCAUGUACCAUGCACAGGACGAGGUCUCUGGGAAAGCCGCUACUGCAGAACAACAAGAGAGACUGUGGCAAGUAACAAUGACAGAUUGUCAUGAUGCAUUGGGAAUGCCUGUUAUGAUUACAGAAAACACCGCCACUAGCUGCAAGGUGUAUGAGAUCAAUGAAUUAAAUCGAAGAUAUGCUGGUCUUGCUGUAGAGAUUGAAGGAUUGGCCAGUAUGAUUGUGCCUAUAUUUCCUACAGCAGUCAGUUUUUCUUUUGUUGCUGGUGACAAGACCUUCACCGUUAGACGCACACAGUUACCAUUGCUGCCUGGAUGGGUGUUCACCGACUUCAAAGUACAGGGCAGCUCCUUAACAAAGGUAAUUGUUGAUCUGACGUGUGCGAAAUCUCUACAAAGUAUAUAUGUAAUGCUGUUGCGAGCUCCCAAACUUAAUGGGAUUGUGGUAUUACGAUGGUUUUCUUCUCAAUGGCUCAAUAGUGAUUUGCAGGCCGAUGCAAGGGAGGAACUGCGACACCUAGAACUGUUAGAUAAUGAGACAAAAUUAUACUGUGCUGCUAGAAAGAUGUAA